CGCCGCCCCAAAGCCCUAACACUAGCGGCCGGUGAGCGAGCCCCAGCCAGCCAUGGCUCGGAAGCGCCGCGCGCCUCCGCUGCCGCCUCCGGAGGCCGAGCCCUCCGACGACUCCAGCGGCGAGGAGGAGAAGGAGGAGGGGGAGUCUCCCGCGGCCCCGGCGCCUCAGAAGCUCAGCGACCACGGCGCCGCCUCGUCGGAGGUCAACUCCGACACGGACACCUACGUGCAAGGUUUCCAGCUGCGGAUGCUCGGAGGCGCCCCCCACGAGGAGGAGGAGGUGGGGGAGGCAGGCAGCGGCUCAUCGGAGUCGGAGCCCGAGAACCCGGAGCCCUUGCGGAAGGAGGCGGCGAAGAAGGCCAAAUCCGAGGCGGCGUCGCCUGAGCCCGCGCCGUCGGGCAAGGCCAAGAAGGCCAAGGUGGAGAAGGCGGCAGCGCCUGAGCGCACCCUCUCGGUCAAGUCCAAGAAGGCUGCCAAGGCUGAGGCGGGGAAGGCGGCAGCUGCUGACGCGGAGACCGCUCCGUCCAGGAAGGCGAAGAAGUCCAAGUCCAAGGUGGAGCCGGGGAAUGCGGCGCUGGAUCCCUCACCGUCAAGCAAGUCUGGGAAGGCCAGAACACCGUGGACGACAGCUGACGCGAUCAAGAUUCUUGAGAUACAUGUGGCGCAUUCUAAGAAUCAUGGCACACUGCCUAAUGCUGAUGAGAUUAUUGGCGCUGCUGGUGAUAACCUUGAUAGGAAGAACAUCAGGAAUACGCACAUAUAUGAGAAGGUCCGGAGUCUCAAGAAUCGUCACUGGGCCACAACCAAGAAAUUUGAAGAGAGCGGCAACCUACCGGCUGAAGAGGAUGACUUAAGGAUUUAUCAGCUAUCAUCGGAAAUCUGGGGAAAGGAUGCAAAGAAAGCUAUUUCUGCUCUCGCCUCGCAGAACAAUGGUACCCCGACAAAGAGUAAGAAGGGGCAGGUGCAGGCUAAGAAAGAUAAGGUGGAUGGAGAUUCAAAGGAAGACGCUACUGCUGUGAAUGAAAAUGGUGGUACUCUGGCAGAGAAUAAGAAGGGGAAAGCCACCAAGCAGAAAACAGGUGCAGAAGCAAAGAUCGGAUCAUCUAAGGAGACUGCUCCAACUGCUAGUCCAACCAAAAGCAAGAAGGGAAAUCACAAAGACAAAUUGAAGGAAGAAUCAAAGAGUGGUAAAUCAAAGGAGACAGCUACAAUUGCCACUCAGGAUGAUGGUACUUUGGUUGGUACUAACAUGGGGAAGGCUGACAAAGAUACACUGUAUGAGGACAUAGAGAUUGUUGUGCCAAAGGAGGCCACCACAAUUACCACUCAGGGUGAUGGUACUUUGAUUGUGAGUAAGAAGAGGAAGGCUGACAAAGGGAAAUUGGAUGGGAGGACACAGAAUGCCAUGCCAACGGAGGCCACCACAAUUGGCACUCAUGGUGAUGGUACUUCGGUUGUGACUAAGAAGGGGAGGGUCGAUAGAGGGAGAUUGGAUGGGGACACACAAAAUGUCAUGUCAAAGGAGGCUACAACUAAUAGUAAGGGAGGAGAAAAUCACGAAGAGGUAUUACACAGAGAAGCUAAUGAAACAAACAUACGUAGGGAGUUUAUUGAAUUGGAGAGGUUGUAUCCCAACCUUGCUUCUUUUGUGAACAGAAUGGAGGUUCAGGAUCAACGUGGGUCAAUCUUCAAGAGAUCAUUUGAGUUAAUUAGUGAUGAUAAGGCUUGCACCCUGGAAACCAAGAUCAAGAAACAAAGGAUAGAUGAAGUGAAGAUGCAGCUCUGUCGUGCAGACACAAGGAAGGAAGUAGUCGAAGCUUUCUUGGGUUUGCUGGGCUAAAACAUGGAGGUGCUAACAAGCAUUUUGUGUGGCAGACGGUUGGAUUGAAGAUUCAAGUCGCAGACAGUUUUUGACUUCAGAGUUAAGGGAUAUGACAAUUAGCCUACCAGUUGAACUUAUGGUUUUAUGCCUAGCUGUGCGGAGGUAGUCGUUGACAAACUUGUCUUUAGAUGUGUCUAAAGGGGCUUUAUAACUUUUGAUGUCCAUAUUGACCUGAAAUUCCGUAAUCGUGCUUAUUCUGGGCAAACUCAAAGUUGAUUUGUAUUCACGUUGUGUACUGGUGAGUUUUUUUUUUUUACCUCCCUUCAUGGAUUUCUCAGAGACUGAUUGGCCUAAGAGUAAGCCUGGCACCAUUUUAGUUCAUAUGCUUCAGAAGUGAGCUAGCAUAAUACUAUUAAUAUUAUAGCUCAAUGCUAUCCAACUUUGCUCAACCGUCAUCUACAACAUAGAGAUAUGGCCUUUGGUCUCUUGUCAUAACAAAAUAAUUGUAGCUGUUUUCUGAAUGUGUCAGAAAAAAAAUCUGCAUUUCUGUUUUGCCAAACUAUGAUCCCAGACGAUUCA